CUCACACAAAACAACAAAAAGUUGUUUAUAAAAAAAAACUUCGAUUGUAUUGAUUUUCGCCUCUCGAUUCCCAGUUUUUCAGUGAAAAAUUCUAUAAAUAUUUUCUGGAACCCAGAUUUGACUGGAAAAAUUGCGGGGACCAUACUCCGCUCGUGUGAGAGUAGUUAAAUUAAUUUUAAAACACAUUUUUCACGCUGUGUGACCAUCCAUAACGGGUUCGCCAGUUAACGCUCGGUUUUACGCCUGUUUUUGAGUUAAAAUACGGUGUUUCUUGCCAAAAUGAGCGCUAUUGCUCAGCAGGAAUCUCUUGUUAAAGAGAGUUUAUUUCAAUUUAUCACUAAAAACGUCCCGUCUGCCGAUUUAAGCGUAAUCGACGAAAUUGUUCUUUCCUACGUUAUUUCUAUUUUGGAAGAGGCGUCCCAGGAUCCCUGUUUCGAUGUUGAAGGGUUCAUCGAGAUGAUGGCGGCAUACGUCCCUGAGUUUGCCCGUAUCGACCCUGGACAAGUCUGUUCCUGGGUUUUGGAGUUGGAAGCUGAAUGCUCCCGCCGCGAGGACACCGACUCCAUCUCCAACCAUGAUGAUUCUGCUAGCAGCGAUAAGAUCAGCCUGACGCUGCAGAGCCUGAGUGACAUGCUGCCGCCCGUUACCAAGGCUAGCCGGUUAGUUCUAAUAACACAUUAAUCAAUAAUUCAAAGGUUAUUGUGGUACGGAGAGAAAAGAGAAU